UUUAAUCCACCACAGCCGUAACUAGUCUUGCAAGCGAGUGUGACGUAUUAUAACGUAAUUUGGUGACCUGCAAGGGAUACAGCUAUUCUGCUAAGCAUUAGAAUGAAACAGUUGCCUGCAGCAACAGUUCGUCUCCUUUCAAGUUCUCAGAUAAUCACUUCAGUAGUCAGUGUUGUAAAAGAACUCAUUGAAAACUCCUUGGAUGCUGGUGCUACAUGCAUAGAUGUGAAACUGGAGAACUAUGGAUUUGAUAAAAUUGAGGUUCGAGACAAUGGUGAGGGUAUCAAAGCUGUUGAUGCACCUGUAAUGGCAGUGAAGUACUACACCUCAAAAAUAAACAGUCAUGAAGAUCUGGAAAAUUUGACAACCUAUGGUUUUCGUGGGGAAGCCUUGGGGUCAAUUUGUUGUGUUGCUGAGGUUUUAAUUACAACAAGGACAGCUGCUGAUAAUUUUAGCACUCAGUAUGUUUUAGAUGGCAGUGGCCAUAUAUUUUCUCAAAAACCUUCACAUCUUGGUCAAGGUACAACUGUAACAGCUUUGAGAUUAUUUAAGAAUCUACCUGUAAGAAAACAAUUUUACUCCACCGCUAAAAAAUGUAAAGAUGAAAUUAAAAAGGUCCAGGAUCUCCUCAUAAGUUAUGGUAUCCUUAGACCAGAUUUAAGGAUUGUUUUUGUACAUAAUAAGGCAGUUAUUUGGCAGAAAACUAGAGUAUCAGACCACAAGAUGGCUCUCAUGUCAGUUCUGGGGACUGCUGUUAUGGGAAACAUGGAAUCUUUUCAUUACCACUCUGAAGAAUCUCAGAUUUAUCUAAGUGGAUUCCUUCCAAAGCAUGAUGCGGACCACUCUUCCACAAGUCUUUCAACCCCAGAGAGGAGUUUCAUCUUUAUUAAUAAUAGACCAGUACAUCAAAAAGACAUAUUAAAGUUAAUCCGACAUUAUUAUAAUCUAAAGUGCCUAAAGGAAUCUACUCGUUUAUAUCCCAUUUUCUUCAUGAAAAUUGAUGUUCCUACAGCCAAUGUGGAUGUAAAUUUAACACCAGAUAAAAGUCAAGUAUUAUUACAGAAUAAGGAAUCUGUUUUAAUUGCUCUUGAAAAUCUGAUGACAACUUGUUAUGGACCUCUACCUAGUACAAAUUCUUAUGAAAAUAAUAAAACAGAUGUUUCCUCAGCUGACAUGGUUGUUAGUAAAACAGCAGAAACAGAUGUGCUUUUUAAUAAAAUGGAAUCAUCUGGAAAUAAUUACCCAAAUGUUGAUACUUUGGCCAUUCCUUUCCAAAAUGAUGUCCAUAAUGGUGAAUCUAGAAAAAACCCUAAUCGUUGUUCAGAUCACCAGAUAAGUAUUGAUAAGCAUUGUGAUGAUUUUAGUUCUGAAAAUUACAGCAUUAGUAAAGACCCAAGAAAUACAUUUCAAAAAAUCUCAUUGAAUAAUUUAUUAGGGGAGGACAAGCAGAGUGAAUGUAGUGAAACUUGUUUUGUAGGUUCUAUUAAGCGUACCCAAUUUGAAAAUGGCAGUGAAGGCCAUAUUGAUGAGAAUGAGGAAAAAGAAGAGGAAGCAGUUUCUGAGAAGUCUUUGGAAAUUUGUGCAGAUGACUGGAGCAAGGGAAAUGUACUUAAGAAUUCAGAGGGAGAAAAUAUUGAACCUGUGAAAAUUUUAGUGCCUCAAGAAAGUUUAGCAUCUAAAGUAAGUAAUAAUAAUCAUCCAGGCCUUGAACAAAAGAACUCCAGUGAUGAUUCCUGUAUCAAAAAAUCAAAUGUAAUAGAUAACAAAUCUGGACAGCUUACAGCCUAUGACUUAAUUAGUAGUCGAGUAAUCAAAAAACCCAUGUCAGCAAGUGCCCUUUUUAUUCAAGAUCGACGUGCUCAGUUUCUCACACAAAAUCCUAAGACUAGUUUGGAGGAUGCAACAAUACAAAUUGAAGAACUGUGGAAGACAUUGAGUGAAGAGGAAAAACUGAAAUAUGAGGAAAAGGCUACUAAAGAUUUGGAACGAUACAAUAGUCAAAUGAAGAAAGCCAUUGAACACGAGUCACAAAUACUAAAAGAUGGCAGAAAAAAGAUAAAAUCCACCAGCACAUGGACUUUGGCACAGAAGCACAAGUUGAAAACCUCAUUAUCUAAUCAACCAAAACUUGAUGAGCUUUUUCAGUCCCAACCUGAAAAAAAAAGGAGUGAAAACAUUAAAACAGUAAAGAUUCCCUUUUCUAUGAAAAACUUAAAAAUAAAUUUUGAGAAACAAAAAAAAAUUGACUUAGAAGAGGAUGAAGUUUGCUUGAUCCACAAUCUCAGGUUUCCUGAUGCAUGGCUAAUUACAUCCAAAACAGAAAUAAUGUUACUGAAUCCAUAUAGAGUAGAAGAAGCCCUGCUAUUUAAAAGACUUCUUGAGAAUUAUAAACUUCCUGCAGAACAACUGGAAAAGCCAAUUAUAUUAACAGAGAGUCUUCUUAAUGGAUCUCAUUAUUUAGAGGUCUUAUAUAAAAUGACAACAGAUGACCAAAGAUACAGUGGGUCAACUUACCUGUCUGAUCCUCGUCUUACAGCAAAUGGUUUCAAGAUAAGAUUGAUAUCAGGUGUUUCCAUUACUGAAAACCACUUAGAAAUAGAAGGAAUGGCUAAUUGUCUUCCAUUCUAUGGAGUAAUGGAUUUAAAAGAAAUUCUUAAUGCUGUAUUAAACAAAGAUGCAAAGGAAAUUUAUGAAUGUAGACCUCGCAAAGUGAUAAGUUAUUUAGAGGGAGAAGCAGUGCGCCUAUCUAGACAAUUACCCAUGUAUUUAUCAAAAGAGGACAUCCAAGAUAUCAUCUGUAGAAUGAAGCAACAAUUUGGAAAUGAAAUUAAAGGGUGUGUUCAUGGUCGCCCAUUUUUUCAUCAUUUAACGCAUCUUCCACAACAUCUUGAUUAAAUAUGUUUAAGAAAAUAAGUUACUGUUAAAAUCAAUAUGUUCUUAAGUCCAUUUCUAAACCAUUUUUGUAUUGUGUGUCAAAUGGUUAUUUUAUAAAUGAGGAUCCACUGGCUUGUUUGUAUAGAAAAAAGUUUCAAAAAAUAUAAAAAUCUUAAAUAAAUAUAUAUAAACUAUUCA